AGCGCACAUUCUUUAAUGCUCAGGGGAGCUUGACACCAGAUCCAGUCUGAUUUCUUCAAGGCAGGAGACUGACUGAAAGGCACUCACUUUCAACAUGAGCACUGAAAGCGAACAGCAUGUAAUUGACACCAAUCACACCUCAGUUCAUACGCUGAGCAAGAAAAAUGGAAAGGAAAGAAGGCGGCUCCGCUACAUGCAGAAAGAUGGCCGGUUCCUGGUGGCAUUCCAGAAGCCCUCUGGAGACUGGAGCCCAUAUUUACUGGACAUUUUCACCACCCUCAUAGAGAUUCGCUGGAGGAUGAUGUUCCUUCUCUUUACCCUUUCUUAUAUUCUCUCCUGGAUCUUCUUUGGUUUCUGCUAUUGGCUCAUUGCCUAUAUUCAUGGCGACACUCAGAGUUCAGACAACAAUCCUUGCAUGGACAACGUACGUGGAUUUACUGGAGCAUUCCUGUUCUCAAUGGAAACCCAGGCAACUAUUGGUUAUGGCAACAGGGGAAUGACUGAGAAUUGCAUUGGGGCUAUUAUUCUGGUUACCAUCCAUAAUCUAUUUAGCUGCUUUCUCGACACCAUUAUCAUUGGAAUUAUUGUGGCUAAAAUGGCAUCUGCCCGAAGGAGGUCUCAGGCAGUGCGUUUCAGCAGCUCUGCAGUGGUCAACCUGCGGAAUAGGGUUCUGUGUCUGUCAUGGCGUCUCGGAGACUUCAGGGGUAACCACAUUCUGGAGGGAGUCGUAAAGGCCCAUCUUGUCCGGCAUGUGAAGAAACGAGGUUCUGUUGUGAUGCUGUACCAGGAUUUGGACCUCGAGAAUCCACAUGUUGUUCUCGUCACCCCCACAACAAUUGUUCACAAACUAAAACCAGGAAGUCCCCUUUACAAAAUAGGUCCAGAUGACUUGAAGAGGAAGAAAUUUGAACUGCUCGUCUCCUUCACCUACACCGGGGACUCCACAGGGCUGCUCCAUCAGACACGCACGUCCUACACUCCUCCAGACAUCCACUGGGGUCAGUGUUUCCGCGACAUACUGAAAGUGGCGAAGAAACACUAUAAGGUGGACUGUGCUUUGUUCAAUGAAACCAGCUGGGUGCCAGUGCCCAUACUCAGUGCAGAGGCUUAUGAAAGAGAGAGUGGACAUCCUAAUGAGCGCAAUUCACUCUUACCAUCAGUCACCGGGAACCGCCGCCUCUACUGGGCCACCACCAUCAGCCCAGAGGAGAUAGUGGUGCAAACAUCUUUGUAAUCAAACAAACAUGUACAUAUGACAAACUAUUUUACUGUGAGUGAUAAAUAUAAAAUGUGAAACCAUUUGAAUGUCUUCAUAUAUACAUUUACGUCCAAAGAUUAGUGGUUUAUGGCUUGUCGGCAAUAAGU